GCGACCGUCGCGUUCUCCCGUACCGCUCCCUCAUGGCCCUCUUGCUUUGGUGGAUUCGUGGACCCGCGACGGCCGCCCGAUUCCCCUCGCGGCUGCCGCUGGCCGUGCGCGGUUGGCCGGGGCGGCAGGCCUCCGGAGCGCCCCCGCCCGACGACAGCGUGGUGCGGAUCCCGCACGCUUGGAAGCUGAGGUUGGAGCGGUCGGCGUCCAAGCGGCGGGAGCGACGCGGGAGCCCCGAAAGGGAGGUCGGCGCUUCCUUCGGGGAAAAGCUGCUGCUCCGGACCCGGAGGCAGGAGCUGAGCCAGGCGGCCCGGCACACGGUGGGCCGCCUGGACAGGCCGCGCUUGGUGUCGGACGGCUGGAAGCACCGCUUGUCCCAGGGGGAUUAUUUCCAGCUGGAGCGGACGCGGAACGAGCCUGCUCGGGAGGCCGCCGACGGAGACGCCCCGUCCACCUUCCUGGAGCUGGGGCUAGAGCCUCGCAUGGUCGCCCCCUUGCAGGAGGUACUGGGCAUCUCGCGGCCCUCCCCGGUGCAACAACGCACCAUCCCCGCCCUUCUGAAGGGGGGCCACGCGCUGUGCGGGGCGGAAACUGGCAGCGGCAAAACACUGGCCUACCUGCUGCCUCUCUUCCAGCGGCUUUUGCAGGCCCCAAAGCUCCCUGAAAAGGACUUUUAUGCGACCUCUCCACGCUCUUUGGUGGUGGUGCCUUCCCGAGAACUCGCCGGGCAGGUGCGCAGAGUUGCUGCCCUUUUGGCUGAUCCUUUGGACUUGCGGGUGAAGGAGAUUGGCGGGGGGCGGGGCAUGGCCGUGAUUCGGCGCCGGAUCCAUCAGGGUCCCACUGACCUCCUGAUCGCCACGCCGGGCGCUCUGAGCAAAGUCCUGAAGAGGAGGAUGUUGUCUUUGGAGAAAUUGCUCUUCUUGGUGUUGGAUGAAGUGGAUACCUUGCUGGAUGCCUCAUUCAUAGAUCUAGUGAAAGAUAUAAUUCAGCAUGCUUUUUUGAAGGAUGUCGUUCAGCAAGCUUUCCUGGACCCAAAGUUUGAAGAUAGGGAUGAGGCUUGGGAUCCCAAAGCCCAGCUGGUGGCUAUGGGUGCCACUCUUCCAAAGGGCCUAAGUCAGAUGUUGAACGAAUCUGCUGAUCUCUCCAACUUCACCGUGUUGACCGGCUCGAGUUUGCAUUGUCUUCAGCCUCACGUAGAGCAAAGAUUCAUACGUUUGAAAGGUUGUAAUAAAGUAGCAGAGGUGCUACAACUCCUCAAAGAGCGAGGGUCCUCCUCUGGAGCUGUUAUUAUUUUCUGCAACACAGCCAGCACUGUUAACUGGCUGAGUUACAUUUUAGACGACCAUAACAUCAAACAUUUACGCCUGCAGGGAGAGAUAGCAGCAGAUGUACGAGCGGACAUCUUUAAUGCCUUUCGGAGAGGCGAGUCUGACAUUUUGUUGUGUACUGAUAUAGCUUCCCGUGGAUUGGACACCAUUCAUGUAGAGCUCAUAAUUAACUACGACUUCCCUUUAACAUUGCCAGAUUAUCUGCAUCGGGUGGGGCGAGUCGGUCGCAUCGGCAGUAAAUUCCUUGGGACUGCGGUCAGUUUUGUAACCCAUAGGUGGGAUGUAGAUCUUGUUCGGAAAAUAGAAACGGCAGCUCGCAAAAGAACCGCACUCCCAGGACUAGAUAUAGUUGUUAAGGAGGCUUUGCAUAAAAAGAAAAAAACCUGACUUUGCCUGGAGGACCAACAAUUAAUCUAAUGUUUGAAGCAAUUCUUAAUAUAUUUCGGACAUUUUGUGUAUUUAUUUGGACCACUCAAUUCCUUAAUAAAACUCUGCUAAUCUAUGGGUACUGACAUGGAACAGCCAGAAACUGCAGCUAUCCUAUAAAAACAUGGAGCAUGCUAUAUUUACCAGAUUUAUUCAACAUAUUAACAUAUGUUUUGCAUUGUCCAAUUUGACUUAUAUAUCACUAGCUGGAUAUUCGCGCUUCACUAUGAAACUAUGUAAUCAGGCAUGUGAUUAGAAUCAGAGCAUGUUAAUAUAAGGCAACUGGCAGUUGGAACAGAGUUCUUUUCAGGUGGGGAGGGGGAAUACAACGUCUUAACUCUAAAUUUCAAGGUUGUAGGAUUUACAGUUCUGGAGAUUUCAUGAUGAGUGAGUGGUAUUUGGCUUAUAUAUUAUAUAGACUAGCUGGAUACCCGUGCUUCGUGACAAAAUUAUGUGAUCAGGUAAUGCAGGAGAAAUUUGGUUCACAAUCCGUUGACUCAGUGGUGGUCGGUGAUUGAAACCCAUAAGGGAAUAUCGCUCCCACCGCCUUCAGUCCAGAAGCAGUUCCAUAGGUGGAAGGCAUAGAUAUUUUGGUGAGGUAACAAUGUUUCACCCAAGACCGCUCCUUUAGUGAAGGAGUGGGACAUUUGGCAGUUGAACUGGCAGUUGAGCUUUUCAGGUGGAGAGGGGGAGUCACUCCUUAGCAUCAGAGCAUGUUAAUUACAGUAUAAGAAAUACUAAUAAUCUGAUGGCUAUUUUGAAGAAUUGUUUCUUAGCGAGCCCCUAGAAGCCAAGAGGAAUCUAUGUGCCAAAUUUCAAGUUUGUAGGCUUUAAGGUUCUGGAGAUUUCGUGAUGAUGCUUGAGUGGUGUUUGGCUUUUAUAUAUAUAUAGAUUCUACAAAUGGUAAAAUCCAGCAGUUCAGUUACAAAAUGGUCUGAUCCUUAGCCAUGCCAAACCCCCUCCAGGCUCUACCAUUCCAGGUGCAAUUUGUUAAGUUUCUU